AUGGCCACCUCUGUCCGGCCACCGAAAGCAAUCCUCUUCGAUAUCGGCGGCGUAGUUGUCAUAUCACCCUUCCAAGCCAUCCUCGAUUACGAAAUCGAGAACAACAUUCCCGUCGGCUACAUAAACUACGCGAUCCAGAAAGGGCCUCACGACACCGGUGCAUGGCAACUCAUCGAGCGGGGCGAGGUCGAACUGAAUGACGACUGGUUCGCUGCGUUCAAGACACAACUUUCCAGGCCUGAGGUAUGGACAGAGUACCUUCAGAAGCUCGCCAAGCAACAGAGUGUGGGUGGUGGCCAGGCCGUAGACGGCGGAAAACCACAGGUACCGGAGGUCAACGCGAAGAGGCUCUUCUGGCGCAUGAUGAAGCUCAGCAGAGCGCCGGAUCCGUACAUGUACCCUGCACUGCGAAAGCUCAGAGAGAGCCAGAAAUUCGUACUAGGCGCCUUCAGCAACAACGUCACCUUUCCAACCGGCAUUCUUGAUGACGAAGGCCAACUCUUUACCAAGGACUUGAUCCAUCCUCCAGCGCCCAACCCAUACGCAAACGAUUCAAAAGAUGUAACGACAUGUUUUGAUGUAUUUCUUGGCUCGGCUGCAGUCGGGGUGAGGAAGCCUGACCCGGCAGCAUAUCAACUUGCAGUACGGGAGAUGAGUGAGAUUGCGAAGAAAAGAGGGAUGGGCGAGGUGACGGCGCAGGACACGCUGUUUUUGGAUGAUAUUGGGAUUAAUCUGAAGUUCGCGAAGAAGACGGGGUUAAGGACGAUUAAGGUCAACCUUGGGAAGACGAAGGAAGCUGUGAAAGAGCUAGAGGAAGCAGCGGGCAUACAGUUAUUAGAUGACAAGGCUAAGUUAUAG